AUGGAUUGGGAUAGGCAUAAUCGUCAUAUAUAUAAUAAAGUUAUCGACUCGUUCGCCGUCAUUGGAAAGGAGCUGGCGAGCCCUGUAGUUCUCGCCGAAAAUACAUAUAGUGUGGAUGAGGCGGGUAUUCUUUCCAGUGUCCUCAACUCACUCAAGGUCCUCGCAGGCAGGCAUGAGUUGAAGACACAUAGAGGGGCAUGUGUAGAACGAACCUUGAUCACUUCAAUAGAGUGUAUCUCUGCAGAUAGUCGGCAUCUCAAACCUUUGAUCAUUUGGCCUGCUACCACCCACAGGAGCACUUGGACAACUCAUCCUACCCGGGGAUGGCAUUAUGGUCACUGCGGCAGUGGAUAUACAGAUACAAUGAUCAGUCUGCACUGGAUUUGA